AUGGCCGCCGCUCGCAAGCCAUGUGCGCGACCAGCCAGCAUGACAGAGCCGAUCGCAGAGAGGACCACCCAGCUAGAACAAGGCAAGUCUGGGGACAAAAACAUCUACCACAGCAGGGGAAAGAGUGGGGCUGAAAGAGUUACUAACCCUCUGACCGCAACCGACGACCCCUGGGGGAGCUGUGCUCUCACGCCGCAUGAUGCUUCUACCAGCCACCCUUCCCAAGCAACAACAAGCUUGUUAGCUCUGCACUCGGCUACAGAUCAAGCCUGGAAGGAGAAGCCCAACUACCACCCAGAUGAGUACCCUAGACACCUGUGA